AUGACAGCAACCCCUACCGAGGAGGAGGGAGAGCCGAGCGAACAAGGUGAUCCAGAAAAAGAGAUCUUCGAGAACUUAUAUUACAAAGCUGCGGCAAAGGCACAGCAAAUAAUUCGAGAAGGAUCAUCGCAAACAGCGGAUAGUUUCGAGACUACUAUUCAUCAAGAUGACAGCUUGACUGCUGUACAGAAGCAUCAGUAUCUCAUCGGAGUGCUUCAAGGAGAAGCUCGCAGCGUGAUUGAAGGAUUCAAAAUUUCCAGCGAAAGCUAUGAGAGCGCUUGGAAACUAUUAAAGGACACAUAUGACAAUAAUAUGGUAAUUAUUCAAAAUCAUUUGGAUGAAUUAUUAAACUUUUCAGAGAUAACAAAAAACAAUAAAGCAGAUUCGAUACGAAAGUUUAUAUGGCAUAUUCAAACACAUGUUUCUGCAUUGAAAACGCUUGCACUACCCGUAGAUGAAUGGGACGCGAUAUUACUGCAUUUAGCAAAAAAGAAGCUUGACUUUAUCGAGCAAAGAGAUUGGCAGAAUCUCAUAAAAAAUCGCACGCCGCAAAAUAUGCCGCAAUUGUCGGAAUUCAUGACGUUCUUGACGGAACGAUGUCACACGAUGAAGAUCCUUGAGCAAGGUCAAAUGAAGACAGAAAAGCCGUUAAAUCGAGAUGCAAAGAAAAACGAGAGCAAAGUAGCAUUGGUUUCCGUAACGAAUAAGUGUAAGAUUUGCGAAGGAGAUCAUCCAGUUUUCAAAUGCGCCCGAAUGUUGCGCUCGAUGCACGAGAUUGCACUCGGAUACACAGGACAUUAUGUCCGUGAAUGUAAAGGCUCAACAUGCAAAAGAUGUGACAAGAAACACAAUUCGAUAAUUCACAAAGAAGAUCAAGAAGAGCGAGGCAAUGCUCAAGUCAAGUCAUCCAGCGAGGAUACACCAAAAUCAGUCGUUACAACAUGUACAGAAUCGAAGUAUAACACAUCAGUUGAGUCAUCACAAGUCCUCGAACAACAAUCAUCCAUCAAUAUAAACAACAUUACAGCCAAUGUUUAUUGCACAAAUCAGCAAGAUGCCAGAGUGAUUCUUUCGACCGCGAGGGUUCGGGUAACAGGAGCAAGCGGAGAAGAGCGGCACUGUCGAGCGCUACUCGAUCCAGGAUCACAAUUCAAUUUAGUUACAGCCGAUUUAAUUCGAAAAUUUAAGUUAUCAUGUCGCAAUGAAGUACGUCCGAUUAGUGGAAUUAACAAGACUAUCACAAGAGUUGUUAAAGCAAUUUGCAUUCAUAUCAAGUCAAUACAUAGCGAAUUUGAGACUACAGUAGAUUGUCUAGUCGUACCAGAGAUUACAGAGCAGUUACCGCAAACUAAAAUAGAAUCAACGAUAUACAUUCCAAAGGAUGCCAAACUAGCGGAUCUUACCUAUGACAAACCAGGAUCCAUUGAUAUGCUUCUAGGCGCAGGAGUAUAUUGGAAAAUUGUUAACGGAGCACCGAAAAAUCAAAUCAAAGGGAAACCAGCGUUACAAGAUACGCAUUUAGGAGUAAUUAUCGAUGGAGAAUUAACCGAAAAGCACACAAUUGCAUCAAGAUUUUGCAAUAUGGUUACUAAUACUCAACUACAAAAUCAAUUACAACGGUUUUGUAGAUUAGAAGAGAUGCCGGAAAGUCGUUCCUAUACAAAGGAGGAAAUACACUGUGAGAAGUUCUUCAUUGAUACUGUUACGCAACAAAAAGACAGUCGAUUCAAUGUUCGAUUGCCGACUCAUUCAAGUGUAAGUCUAGGAGAUUCUAUGCCACAAGCGGUCAGGAGAUUAAAGCGUCGACUCGCUAAGGAUCCCACACUGAAGGAGGUUUACAAGGAAUUCCUGAAUGAAUAUCGACAACAUGGUCACAUGUCUUUGAUAGAAAAUCCGGAUGUUCUGUUAGCACAGGAACAUUACAUUAUUCCACAUCAACCUGUUGUUCGCUCCGACAGUAUGACGACAAAAUUACGAGUCGUCUUUGACGCGUCUUCAAAGACCACAAAUGGUAAUUCAUUAAGUGAUAAAUUGAUGCCCGGUCCGAACUUACAAGCGGAUUUGCAGCAGAUUUUAAUGCGAUUUAGAACGCAUGAAUUUGUUCUAACAGCGAACGUUACAUCAAUGUUUCGUCAGAUUUUAGUAGACCCUAGGGAUCGAAAGCUACAGCUCAUAUUAUGGCGCGAUGAAGCAACACAAUCACUGCAGUUAUAUCAGCUUAAUACCGUGACAUAUGGAACAGCUUGCGAACCAUAUUUGGCCAUGCAAUGUCUCAAGGAAUUAGCCGAAAUGCACAAAUAG